GGAAACAUGGCGGCCAGCUUCCGCGGCCGUCCUAUCCGGAGUCUUCGGAUGCGAGGUCGGAAUGACAGCGGGGAGGAGAACGUACCGCUGGAUCUCAGUAGAGAACCAUCAGAAAACUUCCGUGAAAUCCUUCAAAAUGUGGCCAAACCGCACGGAGUCAGUAACAUGCGAAAACUGGGCCACCUGAACAACUUCAUAAAGCUGCUGUGCAGCAUUGGCCACCGCGAGGAAAACUUUGGGUUUACAUAUGAAGAAAUCAUCAUUUGUCUGCGACUAGCUCUCCUUAAUGAAGCUAAAGAAGUGCGUGCUGCGGGGUUGCGGGCGCUUCGCUACCUCAUUAGAGAUACCAGCAUACUGCAGAAGGUCCUCAGACUACAGGUGGAUUACUUGAUAGCCAGAUGCAUUGACAUCCAGCAGAGUAAUGAGGGGGAGAGGACUCAGGCUCUACGACUUGUCCGAAAGAUCAUCACUGUCAACGCCAUGCUUUUUCCCACAUCUAUUGCAAACUCUUUAAUUGCUGUGGGGACUGAUGGCCUGCAGGAGCGAGACCGCAUGGUCCGCGCUGCCAUUGCCAUCGUAUGCGAGCUAGCUCUGAAAAACCCAGAGGUGGUGGCCAAACGGGGAGGCCUCAGCACCAUCCUUAAGAGUGUGAUUGACUGUCAAUUAAGUCGCAUCAACGAAGCACUUAUCACCACCAUACUCCAUUUACUCAACCACCCACGCACCCGCCAGUAUGUGCGUGUUGAUGUUGAGUUGGAGCAAAUCCUCGCGCCUUUCACUGAUUUUCACUAUCGUCACAACGCAGACACGGCUGAAGGGCAACUCAAGGAAGACCGAGAGGCCCGUUUUUUGUCCAGCAGAAUGGCUAUAGUGGCCGCCUUCCGCUCUUGGUCUGGAAUUAUCAACCUAUGCAAGGCUGGAAAUUCUGGAAUCCAGUCUUUAAUUGGUUUACUUUGCAUACCAAAUAUGGAAGUUAGGAAAGGCUUGUUGGAGGUGUUAUACGAGAUAUUCAGGCUUCCCGUGCCCAUUGUAACUCAAGACUUCACUGAAGCUCUUCUUAGUGUCGACCCCGCCAGGUUCCAGGACACCUGGAGACUGUCUGAUGGGUUUGUUGCUGCCGAGGCCAAAGUCAUCCUACCUCAUCGGGCCCGGUCUAGGCCUGACCUGAUGGACAACUACCUGGCAUUUGUUCUUUCUGCCUUCAUUUCCAGUGGGCUUUUAGAGGGCCUUGUUGAAGUUGUGACUAGUAGUGAUGACCAGCUUGCUGUCAGGGCCACUAUCCUCUUGGGAGAACUUUUACACAUGGCAAAUACCAUCCUUCCUCAUUCCCAUAGUCACCACUUGCACUGCCUUCCCACCCUCAUCAACAUGGCAGCCUCCUUUGACAUCCCUCAAGAGAAACGACUGCGAGCAAGUGCAGCCGUCAACAAUCUGAAACGUUUCCAUGAGAAGAAGAAGAAAGGUUUGAAACCACACAGUCUUUACCUGGACCACAUCAUUCGCAAGUCUGUGUCGUCACAUAACCGCAGAGACUCACGUGUCCACAAGGACAUCUAUGUCAUUAAGGACACAGAGGAAGCACUGAUGAUGAACCUGAAAGACAGUCAGAUUCUCAACCACAAGCAGAACUUGGAGUGGAACUGGUUGCUAAUUGCCACCAUCCUUAAGUGGCCACAUGUAAACCUCAGGAACAACAAAGAUGAACAGAUGCACAAGUUUGUUCGGAGGCUGCUGUACUUUUAUAAGCCCAGUAGUAAAUUGUACGCAGGGCUCGGGUUGGAUCAUGUAAAGGCCAGGCAACUCACUGUGGUUGGCUGUCAGUUUGUUGAGUUCCUCAUGGACUCUGAUGAGGAUGGCCAGGGUUACCUGGAGGACCUGGUGAAGGACAUGGUGUCAUGGCUGUCCUCGUCUUCGGGAAUGAAGCCCGAGCGCUGUCUACAGAGUAAUGGCCUGCUCACUACACUCAGCCAACACUACUUUCUCUUCCUGGGGACACUCUCUGCACACCCACAGGGAGUCAAACUACUAGAGAAAUGUGGCCUGUUUCAGUGCCUGCUGAAUCUGUGCUCUGUAAAGAACCAGGAUGCUGUGCUGAAACUUGCUGUAUCCACACUGGACUAUAGUAGAGAUGGUCUGGCCAGAGUGAUCCUCUCCAAGAUCCUCACUGCUGCUACUGAUACAUGCAGGCUGUAUGCCACCAAGCACCUCCGUGUGCUGCUGCGUGCAGGCGUGGAGUUCUUCAGUAGUUGGGGCAUGGAGCUGCUGGUCACACAGCUUCACGACCACAGCAAGGCUGUGUCCAUGGAGGCCCUGGACAUACUGGAUGAGGCAUGUGAAGACAAGGCCAACCUUCACGCUCUAAUCCAGCUGAAACCAGCUGUGUCCCACCUGGGAGACAAAGGCCUCUUGCUGCUCCUCAGGUUCCUGUCCAUUCCUAAAGGUUUCUCCUACCUCAAUGAGAGGGGCUAUGUCAGCAAACAGCUGGAUAAAUGGCAAAAGGAGUACAACCUUAAAUAUGUGGACCUGAUAGAGGAGCAGCUCAAUGAAGCACUAACAACUUACCGCAAACCUGUCGAUGGAGACAACUAUGUCAGACGCAGCAACCAAAGGUUACAAAGACCAAAUGUCUAUCUGCCGGUACACUUGUAUGGUCAGCUGGUUCACGACAAGACAGGCUGUCAUCUAUUAGAGGCUCAGAGUGUAGUUCCUGACCUUAGCUACACAGUUCGCUCCCCGAUGCUGGACACCUGGGAGGGCAUUAAACAGCUCAAAGCUGCUCUCUGGGCACUAGGCAACAUUGGCUCUUCAAACUGGGGUCUGAAUCUCCUGCAGGAGGAGAAUGUCAUUCCUGAUAUCCUUGCACUGGCUCAGCACUGUGAGGUGCUGUCAGUACGAGGGACAUGUGUUUAUGUACUGGGUGUGAUAGCCAAGACCAAGCAAGGUUGUGAGGUGCUAAAACAGUUUGGUUGGGAUGCAGUCAGACACAGUCGCAGGACGCUGUGGCCCGUCACUCCAGAUGAGAUCGACACACAGCUGACAUCUGAGCUUUCUUCAGUACCAAGUACGCUCAGUUUAAACUCAGAGUCCACCAGCUCCCGCCACAACAGCGAGAGUGAGUCUCAACCAAACAUGUACAUCCUGGACGAUGACAAGUAUGAUGUUCUGGACCAGUCAGACGAGACGUCUUUCUACUUACACUCCAAACCAAUCAAAGACCGCAGCCCCUUUACAAUCCUGGCCUCUACUCGCUUCGUUCGCACUCGCUUCCUGAACUCCCUGUCUCUCCCCAGCAAGAAACUACGCUCCACCAGCGACCCCAAAACACAGUCAGGCUCCCGCACUCCCACUGAGCUCAAGACAGGGAGCAUGAGGCGGAACAGGACAGUGACCGAGCCCUCUGUCUACAGCCCAAACCAGGGGGACAUCUUUACUCCUGUGUUUAAUGGCCGAGGAAUGCCAAAGAGUCCAACAGUCAGCCUGGAGACAUCCUUUGUCGGGACCAGGGGGGGCUCGGAGGAGCACCUUGUGGAUGGGAGGCUGGCCAGAGGGGGAGGCUCAGGCCUUGGACUCAGUACUCUAGGCGGGCACGGGACUGCAGAGCACCACAGCCGGGAGAGGGAGCAGAGUAGCCGAGAGCGUCUAGCAGGGGAUGGCGGCUCUUCUAGUGGAGGCAAUGUUGGAGGGGGUGGCGGAGGUACUCAAUUUAAAAGCCGCAGUCAGAGCUUUAACACGGACACCACAACCAGCGGCAUCAGCUCCAUGAGCUCCAGCCCCUCCCGGGAGACUGUUGGAAACCCCGAGCAUCCGGAGGCUGAACCCGACUCGUCUGACUGCGUGAGCCUCAACACAGUAGUGUCUGCCAAAACUGUCAAAACACUCUCGUCUCUCACCCCCCAGUCCCAGACUAACCACAUGUCCACAUCCAAGUCCUCCACUGUCUCUCUGGUACCACCCGGGUCCUCCCACACUCUCCCCCGCCGAGCUCAGUCUCUCAAGUCCCCCUCAGUGACCACCAUAAAAAGCCUGGCUGAUUGUAGCUUCAUGUACACCAGCCCAAGAGACGCACUGGGCUACGCUACGCUGAAGAGGCUGCAGCAGCAGAGGAUACACCCAUCUUUGUCGCACAGUGAAGCGCUAGCUUCACCUGCCAAAGAUGUGUUGUUCACUGACACCAUCACUAUGAAGAGCGGCAGCCUUGAUUCCAGACUCACUCCUCGCAGCCUCUCCCCCCAGAUCCUCUCACGCACUUCUCCUCUUGCCCUCCCUAGGUUUCUGAAAGCUCUAAGUUUUGCCUCUCUGGACAAAGAAGAACUACUCAGUCCCAUCAACCAAAGCACCCUUCACCGCUGCUCUUCAGUACGCUCAAUGGUCUCCAGCGUCACCUUCGGGUGUAAUGAUGACUACAUUGGCCUGGCGCUGCCAAUGCACAUCAAUCACAUGUUCCACAUCAGAGACUCGGCCUACUUUCAGCAGAGGAUCAGCCCGCCAUCAGAAGAGCGGAAACGCUUUCUUUUUGGUGACGGCGAUGGUGAUCGUCCUGCCAUCCCAGUACUGAAGCAGCAGUUUAGCAUCUCUGAGCUGAUAGUGCACCGAGGAGACACCCCGAACCACUUGGUGGGGUCAGAGGAGACAGGCCUGCAGGAUCACACUGAAGAAAACUGCCUCUACUGCGUGGGAGCCAUCGUUCUUGGAUACCCCACCCAACCACAGAUCAACAGCACACACACUCGUACAGAUUUUGUUGACUUUCCAUCAUGGGGAGGCCAGAGCGGCCAUCGCCUGGAGGUGAUGCCACAGUCCAAAUUUUCUGGGGUGUCGGGCUGCAGCGAUGCUGCUGUGUCACAAGGCUCAGUCUGUAGCACACCUACACCUGGUGACAUUGUCAUUGGUGGCAAGGCAAUAUCCGAAGACGGCCCCGCCUCUCGAGUCUUACUGAGGAAGGAGGUGCUCCGCCUCAUCAUCAACCUCAGCUCUUCUGUAGGAACCAAAGGCCACGAAACAGGACUACUGACGAUAAAAGAGAAGUUUCCAUAUGCGUUUGAUGACAUUUGCCUGUACUCUGAGGUUUCUCACCUCUUAUCCCACUGUGCGUUUCGCCUGACCUCAAGACGUUUCAUACAGGAACUCUUCCAGGACGUGCAAUUUAUGCCAAUGUUUGAGGAAGCAGAGGCAAUCCUGACAAAGCUACCAAAACCUGUUGAAGAGGAUGCUGACCCUCCUCCAGAAUCCUGAUCAUCUUAUCCCCCCCCCCCCCCCUCACCACCACCACCACCUGUGUUCCUUGCACAGCUGCAGUCCCAGCUUCUUAUCACCCUGAAAGGAAGGCAAAACUGAAAUAA